AUGUUUCUCUCAACAGCAGUAACGUUUACGCAAGCAUUUGGCCCCCUAGCUUUGGCCCCUAUGUUCCCUCAAUUAAUCCAAGAUUUUGAUACCGACUUAGCUGGUGCUGUUAAGUUUACUGGUACUGCGCAGCCGCAAAUAAUCGCGGAUAUUAUGUUCCUCCACGAACGGGGCGCAUACAAUACGCUCUACUUCACGUUUUAUUUCGGAGCGUUGGUGAUAUCACCAGUUAUUUCCGGAUCUAUGGCGCAUAAUCUACACUGGCGUGACUUCUGGUGGCUCAAUGUCGGCCUGUUAGGUUUUGUUUUAGUAUUAUUGAUAUUUUUUUUCCCUGAAACGAGAUGGCCUCGGACUCACCCAAGGGAUCUGGCUGCGGGGAACGGUGUGACUGAUAAGGAUGCCGCCAACGUGGAAGCCGGUUCGGCGGAACCAUCCACAGAAUCUGAAAUCGAAAAUGAACAUAAAAACAGUGAUCCAUACCUUUCCAAGGGGAAACCUUCAUUGAGACAGUUUAGACCAUUUUUGAUGGUCGAACAUCCAGUUAAAAGUCUGUUGCUUGACUUUUGGAUCCCCUGGAAGCUCCACAUCUUCCCUAUUGUCCACCUGGCAGCUUUCAUUGUUUCCUGGUCGGCCAGCGUUUUUCUCGUGGUUAACGUAACCCAGAGUCAGCUCUUUGCGGCACCACCAUAUAAUUUCAACAGUCAGACAGUUGGAUUUUUCAACUUUGCCGUGAUAGUUGGUAUCGGUAUUGGACUGGCCACAAACGGGUACCUCUCUGAUUGGAUUUCUAUGCGCGCCACGAAGAAAAAUAGAGGCAUUCGAGAACCGGAGAUGAGGCUCCCUGCUAUGAUACCAUAUGUUAUUAUUAUGAUUAUUGGGAACUUUGUCGUGGCAUUUGGGUACGAGCACAAAUGGGAUUGGAAGAUAAUCGUGAUAAUCGGCUAUACCGCCAUUGGAAUCCAAGUAGCUGCACUUCCAUCUAUCUCCAGCACGUACGCUGUCGACAGCUACAAGCCCAUUGCCGGAAGCAUCUUCGUCACCAUUACUGUGAACAAAAACCUCUGGGGCUACGGCUUGAGCGAGUUCAUUACGCCAUGGACGCAGCGCAGUGGCUUCAUUCCCGCUAUCAUGCUGAACAUGUGUUUGACAACCCUUUUCUGUGCUUGUGGGAUCAUCUUUUAUUACUAUGGCAAGCGGCUGAGAAAGAUCACGGCUAAUUCGAAGGUGCAUCGUAUGUGA